CCUGCAGAGGAAAGUGUAGCUUACCUGUAAGCUGAGACACAGAGGAUAGCUGCUGGACUGGAAGCUGGCUGUGACUUCAAUAAAACGACAAUAGGACAAGAACACCAACAAGUCACCGUCUUGACAGACACAAACCUCAACAGCAGAUGUGAAGAUGGCGUUAGCCAGCGGUCACUGGCUGGAGAAAGAGAUGAGGGGAGAAGCCCCAAGUCCCAGACACAGUCACUCUUUAGCUGUGGCAGGAAAUGUCGCCUUUCUGUUCGGAGGAGUCUCCUGCAUCAACCAAGAGGAGGACAUCCACGUUUACUUCAACGACUUCUACAUGCUAACAGUUUCUCCUGAUGAUGUGACAUGGGAGGAGAUUCCUCAGAGAGGAGAAGUUCCCGCAGCCAGAGGAGGACACACUCUUUGUGUUGUGAAAGGGAAGUUGUAUCUGUUUGGAGGAGCGUCCAGCCCCGAUGCCACUGAGUGUCUCCCAGGAGUCCACAGCUUUGACAUAGUGUCUCUGACCUGGGAGUGCUUAGCAGUCAAGGGUGUGGCCCUCAGAUCUCUUAGACACAGCUCUGUUGCAGUGGGAGACAACAUCUAUGUGUACGGAGGCAUUCUGGAAGGGAAUCCAACCAACGAUCUCCUGGUGUUUAACACAGUGUCUUUCACCUGGACGCCGGUUAAAACUAGCGGAUCGCUGCCUCCUGCCUUGUCUGGUCAUAGUUUUGCUCUGGUCGGCGAUCAGGUGUUCCUGUUUAGAGGUUAUGAAGCAGGCGGAGACUUCUGUACAGAUCUACAUGUUCUUAACACAGAGAAUUUGGUGUGGCAGAAAUGGACGGUGAAGGGGGAAUCACCUACAGCCUGCAGUGGACAAACACUAACAACACACCAUGAUAAAGAUAUCUACCUGUUUGGUGGCAAAAGCACAAAUGAGGAAGGCGCAGUGACGUCUUCCAAUGAAAUCCAUAAAUUCAGCAUUGCUAAGAUGAAGUGGAAGGUUCCUCUGUACGUUGGGAUUCCUCCGGCCCGCCGUCACGGACAUGCUGCUUUCAUCCUCCACAGCCACCUGUAUGUCUUUGGAGGAAAGAAUGAAGAGCAGGAGUUUAAUGAUCUGAAGGUGAUGAAACUCAUUAACCCCUCAGAGAGACAACCAGUGAUGAAGGAGAUUCUGUCUGACUUUGGACUGCAGGGAGUCAGCCACAGCUUCACGCCCACGAAGGUUCCCAACGUCCGCUACGAGCUGAGCAAGUCUGCUCCGUCCAACCAGUCAAGGAACACAGCAGCUAAUGCACCGGUGUGUGUCCACAGAGACUUCACUGUAGCUCGAGAUCAGGCCAUGAAAAUGAUCCAGACCGCCUUUUCUCUGCUGGACCAGGAGUUCCAGAAACUGGAUCGAGAGAAGUCAGAGUUGUCUGAAGCUGCUGCUGCUUUGCAAAGAGAGAAAGAAGCUCACGAAGGCCUCAGACAACAAAAGCAACAGGAGCUGCAGGACAUGCUGGACAGACAUCGCUCUCAAAAUGAAGCUUGGCUCCGAGCAAGAGCCGAGGAGAAUGACAGAGAGAGGAGGGAGCUCUGUAGACUCAGAGAGGAGACAUUGCUGGAGCAGGAGAGGCUGAAGGAGGAGCAGAGUAGCAUCCAGAAGCGCAGCGAACAUCUUCUGUCCAUCAUGCAGCAGUUCAAAGGAAUGUGAGAUAGAUAGAUCUCAUAGAACAGCAUAAUAUGAUUGUUUUGUGAUGUGAGAACUUCAUAAUAAACACUGAUUCAAUUACAAAGCUCA